GAUGUUGUUUAAAAAAAAAACCGACAAGUUUUGUGAUUAAUUUAGUUGCAACAGGAGGAAAUAGGGGCUUAUUUUUAAUUUUUAGCUGUGUUAAUAAUGUAAAUAAAAAUACUGCGGCGAUUGUCGGUUAUUGUGAUUUAUUUUCUCAACUAUUUAAACUCGUUUAAGUCGAAAUGGGUUCGGACGACCUCUUCUACGUCGACCAGAAGCCCAUCCCCACCUGCUUCACCAAGUGCAACUUCAAUCCCGGCCAACCCAUCAACUUCAAAGUCUCCCACAUCUACGACCCCUCGAAGUUCUGGAUCGUGGUGAAGUUCCAGGAGCUCGAAAUCUUCCAGAAGCACCUCUUCCAGUACUACUACCUCAAUCGCAACAAGUACAAAAUGCCCACCGACAACCUGCAGCUCGACAUGCCCUGUGUGGCUUUCACCGACGGCAACUACUACCGAGGGCGAAUCGUGGGCUUGCCCCAGGACCUGUGGGACCAGAACCAAGUGCACGUCUUCUUCACCGACUACGGGUCGCUCCAACUGGUCGACUACAACAACAUUUUUUACAUGAGCGUGAAGCACUGCGAGGUCCCCCAGUUUUCGGUGCGGGCCUCCUUGGCCCAAGUGCGCCCCAAAAAUUCGCACUGCCAGUGGACGGUGGCUGACGUUACCGAGUUUUCGAAUUUGUUGUCGGACAAGGUGUUGGCGGGGGUGGUGGAGAAUGUUUAUCGGGAGAGGGAGGUGGUGGAGGUGGCGUGUCGCGAACGCGGUGUGGGGGCGGCGGUGCACGACACGCUCGUGGCGCAGCAGAGGACGCAGUAUCGGGACGAAGAGCUGAAAAGCGGGAAGAAAAUGCCGCCCCCGGAGCCCAAGUAUUUUUGUGCACAUGUGUGUCCGUCCCAUGAGGCUAUUGAAAGUGGGAAGGUACCAACGAGUUUGAGCGAUGCCGAGUUUCAGGUCAUGGUAGCGCCGUUUUCGCCGAUCGUGACGAGGUACUACCAAGUCAAAGACGCUUAAGGGGGUUUUGGGGUACCGAAGACAGUUUGUAUUUAGUUUUUGUACAUUGUGUUAAUAUAUUUUAGAAUAUA